AUGUAUACACAGAUUUGCUCCGAAUCAAAACAGAACCAGCCCAAGGCACUGAAGGAAUGCAUUCGUCAUGGUGACUGGAAGCAAGCCUUGACGCUCUUGUGCCAGACUUACUUGGCUUUUUGUGGGCUUUUGCAGUUGCAUGAUGUGGUGACGGUCAGCACCGUGGUCUCAGCCCUGGAGGAGACGGACCACUGGGCUGCCGCGCUGGGCCUCUUGCGCGAGGCGCACGUGGAGGCGAUUGAGUUGAACAUUGUGGCGUUUGGAGCCGCCGUGAGCUGUGCGCGCCGCCAGUGGCGUUGGAGCUCCGCCCUGUUGCAGGAGGCCUUGGACCGAGGCUUAGAGCAGAGCCUCAUUGCGCACAACAACGGCCUAGCGGCCUGUGAGGAUGCGGAGCAGUGGGAGCAUGCCUUUGCUCUACUGGACACGGUCCAACGUUUGCGCUUGGAGCCAAGCACCGUGCUGGUGAGCAGUGCCAGCAGCGCCGCGUCGCGGCAUUGGCCCAAGACCCUGGAGCUGCUGGUGCAGGCCGUGCAGGCAGGCUUGAAGCUGGAUGCGGUGGCGCAGAACACCGUGAUCACGGCGGCCGGCCGUGGAGGCCGCUGGUCCUUGGCCUUGAAUGCUCUGGCGCAGGUCCUGGGCGCUGCGGUGGAGGCCCAGACUGUGGGGGUGCGUUCCUUCCGCGCUGCCAUCGCUGGAGGCCUCAGCGGGCGCUUUUUGCAGAAAUCGAGACGGCCUGAAGUCGUCGUCACACCACCGGCGAGGCUGCGGUGGCUUGUGCUGGAUGGGAGUGCUGUCUCUGGUGGCGUGGCUGAGUGGAGCUUGUGGGCGGGCAACUUGAAGGGCGAGUGCUGGGACCUGGGAGGUCUGCUUGAGCCUUUUGGAGGUGAUGUGGUCUCGGAGGCGCGUUGGCUGUCGUGUAGAGGCUGCAGUGACACUGUGAUGCGGCAGGGGUUGAAUUGGAGUGCCUGUGCGAUGCGGCUCACAGGCCAACGGGAUUGGGGGGCCAGUGGGGACCACGUUUCAGCCAUGCUGACCGUGAUGACCGUGGUGUUUCCUCUCCUGGCACGCCAUGUGGGCUACAUGCAUUUGGUAGGCAACUUGCCUCCGCUCGUGCUUCUCUGGCUACUUGCCUCCUCCAAGGCCAUCGAGCUCAAGAGCAGCGACGGCAUUGAGGUCAGGAAUGGACUGGAAUUUCACGCUGGACAUUCUGCUGAUCACACCACCGCGUUGACGCAUCGCUUGAGGAGAUCGGGGUUGCGCCAUGGGGCGUGCCAUUCUUCAAUGGAGGUCGAUGCGCACGGCGCACCGAAGAGCUUUCAGCUCACCACCCAACUGGAGGAUAUGUCUUCAGAGUAUACUGGACUCAUCGGUGUGGGCACAGCUUCGGACGGAGGAGCGCAAUUUGAGGCCCGUGUGGUCUUUGAUACUGGAAGCACGAAUUUAUGGAUAGCAUCAGUUUUGUGCAAGGCCUCUCCCUGCGACAGGGAUGGCUCCGAGAAGUUCUACGAUCCGGCGAAGUCGGUGACCUCGGAGGCCUUCCUGCAAGAUGGCAUGGAGAGCGAUUCGGACAUUGACAUCGUCUUUGGCACUGGAGAGCUCAAGGGACCUCUCCACGUGGACACCUACCGAGUAGGUCCAAUGGCAGUGGAGAGGCAGCCCUUUGCAAUGAUCAGAGAGAUGACAGGUGAUGUUUUCUCCUCCUUUCCCUUCGAAGGAAUUCUGGGCUUGGCGUUUCCAUCGCUCUCCUUUGGAGGAAUUGAGCCCUUUUUCGAGCGGGUCAUCAAAGCCAAGCUGCUGAAGAGCAACGAGUUCGCGUUUUACCUCAACACCGACAGCGACCAGCCGAGUGCUUUGCUCUGGGGCGGUGUGGACCAGGACUUGUUUGACGGUUCCAUCGCCAUGUUCCCGGUCGUCAAGCCGCACUACUGGUCGUUGGAGCUGAUCGACUUUCGCAUCAACGGCAAGUCCGUGAAGGCUCACGUGUCAGAGGACAACAAGGCGAAGUAUGUGUUGGUGGACAGCGGUACCACCUACUUCACGGCGCCCUCGGAGAUGUUUUUCAGCGUCAUGAAACACUUUCCAGAGGCUCCUUGUAGCGAGGUGGAGGACUAUCCGCCCAUCCAAUACGUGCUGCGGAGUGCGCAUAACCAGACCUAUACCCUCGAGGUGGGCCAGGACACCUACAUGGUCAUGGACGAGAACGACUCCUGCCGACCGGCCUUUAUGAAGUUGGACAUCAAGCGGAAGUCCUAUGGCCCUGCCAUGAUCCUCGGAGAGGUGUUCAUGCGGCACUUCUUCACGGUCUUCAGCCGAGGGAACGGAAGCCUGGAGCAAGCGAAGGUGGGCUUCGCGAAGGCGAAGGUGGGCGCCCAGCCCAAAUUGAAGCAGUCCGAGCAGGCAUCCUACCUCCAAGCGCAGGCCUCCGUGAUGAGGAGGCAGAAGGUGCCCCAACGGAGGCAACGCGCGAGUGCUCGGUGA